UUUGUGGAACAUUUUCUGAGCUCUACUCGUUGUCAUAGACUCGUAUCAACGCGAACAACUCGUAUUGAACAAACAAACCCGAACUGAAAUUCCGACACUCCGACACGGUGGCCCUUUUCAGGCAUAUACUUUUUGGUUAAAUUUAAAGACGAUGUCUAUGCCCCCGAGACAUGCUUAUGGAUCGACGGUGCGCAAAACUAUUGUGGAGCGGGCCAACCGGCCGAAUGGCUCAGCCAAGCUGGACUUCACCACAGCCCAAGAGGCGGCCAAGCUUGAGGCAGAAAUGCAGGCGAUGGCCACUGAUGUAAAGGCGCAACUGUUCCAGGAGCGCUCCUCCAGCGGUGGGAUGAGUGGCUUCUCCAAGUUGCGCGACCGCGGCGGAUUGCGGGGCAAGGACUACUGGAACGCGGCCAUCAAGGAGGUGGAGUGGGCUGCCGCCUGUCGCUUCGAACCGCACAUUCCGAACAUCGACUAUUCCCUGGUGCUGCCGCGACGACUGCGGGAGCGGGUGAAGCGUAUACAGAAAUAUGACUACUCCAAGUCAGACGAGGACAUAUACAUUCGGGACGAGAUGCAGCUAGAGCGGCCCGAGGACUACAUGAGUGCCAGCAGCUCGGAAAAGAGCGAGGAGGAGGAGGAAGCCCCGCUUCUCGAAAUAGGACGGAAGAAGGUGGAGGAGCACUUCAAUGAGACCGACCACUCUGACAUCGUGCGCAUGGAGCAUGAGUUUGAGAAGUUCGACCUGAAGCUGGGCGAGCCGGUGGGCCACACCCACCGCACGGUGGACAGCACCAGCUGGUAUGCCAAGUUCCUCUGUGCGCCACGAGACAAGCGGGUCAGCUGGCAGUCCCGGGUCGAGCAUCCCGGACAGAACUACUCCCUGGUCACGCUGGACGAGCAGGCCGAAAACCUCAUGGAUGCAUCGGCAGAACGUUUCGUCGAGUGGCUGAACUCAUUUGGCACCUUGGAGAGCAAUCUUACACCGGAUAAGGUCAAGAAUCUCUUUUCCAUCAAGGGAGAUCGCACCCUGCUGGCCUCUGUGAAAACGGAUCCCAAGGAGGUCAACGCCAUAGCCCAGACUGUUGCGGACAAGUGGAACAAGCCGCAUAUGGCCAUUGAGCUGAAGUACGAGAAGCAUAUCAAUGACCAUGCCAGCCGCGUGAACCAGAAACCCAUACUAAGUGCCUUUGGACGCACCGUUCCAGUAAAGGAUCGACCCUGGCUAAAGCGAUCCAAUGACACUGCCAUUAAGACUGUCUAUCCGGAGGAGCUGCUGACCCGCGAGAAGAUCUUCAAGGGCAUUACACAUCUGCGCAGCACAACGGCCCUCAUUGAUUUCUAUCUGGCUAAUCCCUCCCUGGAACGGCCUCAGUAUCUGCUGCAGAGCGGUGACUUUGAGGAGUCCAGCACCAGUGAAUCCGUGCUUGAAGUGCCACUCUAUGAGCUUUUGGGAUUGCGCUAUUAAAUUUCUGUUCCUUGUGGUGUUUAAUCUUCAAAAUAAAGUGUGUAUGUAGCCAUCUA